AUGUCACUUAAUGAAAAUGAAGUAUAUGAAAUACAAGUAUAUACAAGAAAAUAUCAAAUAGGGACGUGUUUUACCUGUCAAAAGUGUUUAUACUGUGAAAAAGACCUUACAUUUGAAAAUUGUCAUUGUAAUAAGUAUGAAAAACCAACUAAAAAUAACCGAACAGCCAAAGUACGUGGCUAUAGAGGUUUGUGCUAUGACACAAGUAACGCUCAACCAUUUUUAAAAGAAUUUAUGAAGAAAAGUAAUCUUAAGUUUGGUUAUGAAGUCAACCUGGCAACUUCCUUUUAUUGUUCACUUUGUACAGCUUGUAAUAUGAAUCAAGUAACAGAAUUACAGCUUCGUAUAUCAAUUAAAAAUGGAAAAGAGAUUUUACCAUCUAUUUUAGUCAACUGGUCUUUUGAUGAUAUAAAAUAUAAUGAUCUUUCAACAAAAAUUGAACAACUUGUCUCUGAACAUAUAGGAUUAACCUUUAGUAAUGAAUAUUUUUUGGCAUAUAAGGGUAGUUCAGAAGUUGGAGCAGGAACACUUUUAGAUAAUGAAAUUACUUUUGAAGAAUUUCUAAAAGAUUAUAAACGUUACAUCUCUAAUAAUAAAAAAGUGAUGAUAAUUGUAACUAUGAAGGAUAAGAAAAAAGAUAAGAAAAAACGAGAAUAUAAAGUAAAUUUUGGGUUCAAUCUGAAUUCUUAA